UUUACCAUUUACCAUUCUUGAAAGUCUUUGAAAAUCAGAAUUUCCUCAGUGACUGUACUUGUGCUGUUUCUGUAAAAGCUGUCAGAUAAGUCAAAGUAAUGUUUAUGGCUGCUGUGAUAAGAUAUGUGUAAUCACCUGAUAAAACACAGCUAUCUCAUGUGAUAUCCUCUGGUUUAUCAGUGGUCUGUAAAUACGUUUUUGGUUGGUAGUUCUAGUUUAGUAUGGUAUUGUUCUCGGGUUAGUCAAUCAACUAUUCCUCAGUUGUUAUUGUUUGCUGGACAACAUACAAGAGUGAAUUGAGCCCUUGGCCUCCUCGUUCCCCUCCUCCCUGCUCACUCCCCCUCAGCUGGUUGGCUAUUUUUUGAAGGAUGAAGUAACAGUUUGUUGGUCAGUUGAUUAGAAAUGGGAACAUUUUAAGGUUCUGUUUGUCAUUUACUCAAAACCCAUUGGCUGUAAGUGUACACACAGUUUGGAGUUUCUUGAGGAGUGCAACAACACUGAAUUAUACAAGUAAAAAUUGGGAACUCUGUUGAAAUGUUUCACAUUACUGACAUUUUCAGAAGUACAUUUAUCUGCCCCAAAGACCUGCUAACCAAGUGUGGAUGGAAAAAUAAUGAUCAGCUACCAGAUGAUGCUCAUGUGCUUUUUUUUUUUUUUUUUAAAUUUCUCUUUCUUUGUCAGAGCGUCAAUGCAAUGCUGCUCCUCAGACGCUGCCACAGGCUGAAUCCAAUUGGCCUGCUCAGCAUUGACAGAAAUCAGGUGGCACCUGUAGUUGCAUCGUGUGCAGUUCGUCUCUGCAGCAGCAACAAUGACCAGAGAUUUCACCAACAUGGCUUCAGUGCCAGCUGGAGACACGUCCUGGCAGGACUGCUGGCUGGCACAGGGGUUGUACUAGCAUAUGGUCUACACCAUCACAAGGCUAUAGAGAAGAGCUCCCCGCUUCCUAUCAUCAGCCAGGAGGAAGUUACAAGGCAUCGCUCCCUGAAAGAUGGCGUUUGGGUCACCUACCAAGGCGGCGUCUAUGACAUUACCGAGUUUGUUUCCAUACACCCUGGUGGGGAGAAAAUCAUGAUGGCAGCAGGUGGUGCCAUUGAGCCCUUCUGGUCGCUUUAUGCGGUACACAAUCAGGAGCAUGUGCUGGAAAUGCUCUCUGCGUAUAAGAUUGGUGAGCUGAAAGCGGAAGACCUGAAGAAGCAAAAUACUUUUAAAUCAUCAGACCCCUACUCUUCUGACCCUGAGCGUCACCCUGUCCUGCACGCCAACAGCCUCAAGCCCUUCAACGCUGAACCUCCGCCUGAAAUCCUCUCUGACAGCUACAUCACGCCCACUGCUUUCUUCUUCAAAAGAAACCACCUCCCGGUUCCUCAGGUGGACCCCGAUUUAUAUCGCCUACAUGUGGAGGGGCUACCCAGAGGAGUGCUCACACUGUCUUUAGAAGACUUGAAGACUCGAUUCCCCAAACACACCAUCACAGCUACCCUGCAGUGUGCAGGAAACCGCCGUAGUGAGAUGAAUAAGGCCCGGCAGGUUAAGGGACUGAACUGGGGCGUUGGUGCCAUUGGUAAUGCGACAUGGAGCGGCGCCAAGCUCAGGGAUGUCCUGCUGGCUGCAGGUUUCGGGCCAGAUGUAGCCCAGUGGGCUCGCCACGUUCAGUUUGAAGGACUGGAUAAAGAAAUAACAGGGAGUGCGUACGGUGCUUCAAUCCCUAUAAAUAAGGCAGUUAGCGAGGAGGGUGAUGUGCUGCUGGCCUAUGAAAUGAACGGCAAGGAUAUUCCAGCCGACCAUGGCUUCCCCAUUCGUGUGGUUGUACCAGGUGUAGUGGGCACACGCAACGUGAAGUGGCUGGGUAAAAUAGUAGUCAGUGCACAGGAGAGCAGCAGCCACUGGCAGCAGAACGAUUACAAAGGUUUCUCCCCUGAAAUAGACUGGGACACAGUGGACUACAAAUCUGCUCCAGCCAUCCAAGAGCUGCCUGUUCAGUCUGCCAUUACCACACCUGCAGAAGGCUCCAUGAUCGAUCGCACCGAAGAAAUGCUGACUGUGAAGGGCUACGCUUGGAGCGGCGGGGGCAGAGAGGUGAUACGCGUCGAUGUUUCUGUGGACGGAGGGAAGACGUGGAAGGUGGCCAAGUUGAAGAGCAGCGACAAGGAAGGAGAUCAAACAUCUCCCCCACUAGGACGAGCUUGGGCAUGGAAGCUGUGGGAGAUAACGGUUCCUCUUCCUCCAGAGGCCCAAGAGCUGGAGCUCAUUUGCAAGGCAGUGGACAACAGUUACAACACGCAGCCGGACACAUUCGGUCCGAUCUGGAAUGUGAGGGGCUUGCUGAGUAACGCCUGGCACAGAGUGAAGGUGAAGAUCACCGAGGAUGACGAGGAAGAAUAGGCUCAGCGGUUGAAGUACAGAAAUCAAAAGACUUAGAGCUUAAACAGAGUCAUUUCAGAGUGGGCUAUUUUUGUCUUUUUUAAUUACAUUUGUAUCAUGGAAUCAGCAAAUGUAGGAUCAACCAGGAGUAGCACUACAUUUUGAAAUAUUUUUGACAAACAGCCUUAAAUAAUUAUUCAUUUUGUUGCCAGGGAGAUUUGCAGCGGUACGCACAUGGGAUGAAGCUCAAGGCUGUGAACAGCCAAAUUAAAAAAUGUCUGGUUAUCUCCAUUUAUUAGUCACUUUCUUUUAUUCUUAAGCAAAACUGUGGUUACGUUUGACUCUGAAGCUCUGUGGUUUAUAAUGAUGAAGCAUUUCUUUUUUAUAAUCCAUAUUUAUAACACUGAAGAUGAGGGCAUUUUUUUUUAAAAGGGUUAAAAGUUGCGAUUUACUUUUUAUAAAGAUUUCUAAUCUAGCUGAAGUGAAGCCAAGUGGUUCUUUAACCCUUUAAGACCUACCAUAGAACCAAAUCCGCCAGAGCUCAUAUUAUAUUUUUACAUGUUGUGGAGC